GUGUCGAAGAUUCAAUCUACGAAACAUCAGAUAUACUCCUAUGCAAAUAUUAUUCGUAAGCCUUUUGCCGCAAAACUUGCAAAAUAUCGAACAUACAAUUUUUGAAAUAAUUCAAAAGUAAUUUUCGAAAAAUAAUUUAAUUUAAACGUAUUUUGCUUGACCAGCAUACUGUUUAUAAAUAUUUUCUUUUCUUUUUGACAUUGUGCAACACUUUUCUGGUCAAAACUCGUGCGGUGCGCAUUUGUUGCUAUUGUUCUUGUCACGUUAGUUUCGCAAAUAGUAUCAUUUGCCGUGUAAAUGCAUAAUAAAUAUUUAAUUGAAAAGUGACGCCAUGUCUGCGCGACGGCAACGUAUUAAGGCAACUGCCAACUUGACGCAAAUAAAGCGCAAGCCGCGCAAAGAAGACGCUGAUACAGAACCAUGCGUUGAACCUGAACCACUCCCCGUUCCUUCCCCCAAGCAGGAGCAUUUAGAUGACGAUCCGGCUGAAGUUGCAUUUAAAAUGCCGGCUGCCAGCAGCGCCGGCCAGUUGGAUGAUGUAUUUCAUUCCGACUUGGAAGAUAAUGUUAUACAAAUGGAUUUACAGAAAAGUACAAGUGGAUUUCCCAUGUCGCCCAGCAAGGUGCAAGCUCGCCAGCGAGUCCGUCCUACUCCGGUUUUUGGGCAACGUCGAAACAGCUUUGUUGGCUCACCAUUGGCGGCCGAUUUCGAUGGUGACUACCCAUCACCUGGCACGCCCACGAGACGUGAGCGCUACUUAAGUGGAUCGUCAAUGAGCGGCGGAAGUGGAACCCCGCAGCAGGUGCAGGCUUCCCCGAAACACUUCCCGGGUGGUGUUAUGAGUCCGGGAAUGGGUCGAAUACGUACAGAGUCCAGUUGCUCUGUGUAUUCGGACAGUGGUGGAGGUAGCGGCAAACAGCGAAAAGGAGAGGGCGACAAGACACAGAGCCAGGCACAGCAACGUAUUAACGCAAAGCGAGAUUUCGAAACGCGAUUUAACAAAGGCAUACCGGAUAAGUCCACAUUCAAAAUGUUUGACAUGAUCUUUUACAAUCCCGAGAGCAAUCCAAUGGAGCAAAAGCCUUUAGUAACUACCAUCAAGGCGGAGGCAAAUGGGAGUAGCAUCGGCAGUGUGGACGAUUCAAAGCCCACGUCAGAUGAGCUCCUGGAGGCCAAAACGGAACCAGCUGCAUCGACAACAGCCAUGCCUGUGCCACAAUUAAAACUUGACGCUAAUGGGGAGAUGAUUAUCGAUGAAAAGACUUUGGAGAUUGAAACCACCGCGGAGGUGGAGGCUCGCAAAGUUUUGGCCAACUCAUCUCUUAUUCUCAUGGAUGAAACAACUGGCGACAAUGGAUUCUACAAACGACACAAGCGUACGCCCACCUGGACAUCGGAUGACACCAUUCGUUUUUAUCGCAGUCUUCAAAUCAUUGGCACCGAUUUCUCUCUGAUGUGUCAAAUGUUCCCUAAACGUACGCGACGUGACCUCAAGCUCAAAUACAAGCGUGAGGAGCGCAUUAACGGACAGCUAAUUAAUAAGGCGCUGCUCUACCCAAAAGCCUUUAAUAUUCAGGAGCUUAAAAAUCAACUUGAGCUGGAGGACCGUGAGCGGGCUGAAAUGGAUCGCGAAUGGCAAGAAAUCGUUACGGCUCAGGCAGAGCAUACAAAAAAGCAGCGCACCAAGUCGCAGCAGAGCAAGGCGGCGCGCACUCUUAGCGAUGGAGAUUUGAUAUAUGAGAACGAGCACGUCACAAAGCAAAAGCUGGGCAAACAUGCGCUGGCCAAACGUCGUGUGGCACUUGAAAAUCAGAAUGAAGGUGGAUCGGCAAAGCGCAAGCGUCGAACCGAACAGGAAGAGCAUUCGGAUGUGAAUCAGCCUGUUCCUGUGCAUAUUUUACGCGUUUUUCCUGCGAUCAAAAGAGAAAAAGAAAUCGAAACAGAACAAAUAAGCAGUGAUCCGAUAAUUGAGACCAAGGCUGAACAGUUGCAGCAGGAGCUUAACUCUUUGCUGGACGAGGGGCACACUGAGGUCAAGGACACGUCGACGUUAUGUGAAAAAGUUGUUAUCGAUCUGGAAGAUGGUAGGCGUAAUUGUGUAAGCGAUGUGGACACCGCAACAGAUAGCGAGACUGUUUAUUCCUCUGAGGCCAAUGCAACAUAUAUUGUUGAUUUCCUCUCGGAGCCACCUGCGCAAGUAGAAAGUCCCAGCUGCAUGGAGGACGUUAAUGAGCACGAUAUCGAACAAAUAAUUACAGAGCUGUCUGAGGGUUCAAUGGUGUUGGUGUCCUCGUUAAAUGCUGAUAAUGAGGAUCGCGUUUUAAAUGAGAUUUACAUGUACGAUAAAGAGACAGGGGAUCUAUCAGAGCAUCCUUUAAAAAUACCUGAGCAUAUUGUUCAGUGUAUAUUGAAUGUUAUGAGUUAAGUUACGGCUGAUUAUUGUUAG